AUGCCUACAGCUGAUGAUUUAAAGUUAUUUUUGUCCACAGCUGGACUACCUUACAAAGUAUAUGGAGGUCACGACGGAUCACUUACAGAGAAACGAAAACAACGGCGGAUCCGAACGACAUUUACGUCGGCACAACUCAAGGAACUGGAAAGAGCAUUCCAAGAAACCCACUAUCCCGAUAUAUACACGAGAGAAGAAAUCGCAAUGAAAAUAGAUUUAACAGAGGCAAGAGUACAGGUAAGAAAUUAG